AUGGGAAGAAGAGAAUUGUACAGAAAUAAACCGAGCCUUCAUAAUGCUGCUCCUCUUGCUGCAGCUCAUUCUCAACCACUCGGAAUUACCAUCGGAGCAAGGACCACUGCUCUCAAGCCUCCCAAAUAUUACAUUCCUCGUGAAUAUUAUGAGAGAGUUCUGAAAUAUAUGAAAACAAAAGAGCAUACCAGUGAGCUGGCUGGUGUUCUCACUAAAUUCUUGUUUUCUGCAAAGGAUUGGAAAUAUUUCUAUUUUGAUCAUCGAUGGAAGGAAUAUGCCAAUGUGCGGAGAGCUUUACGCAAAUUAGUUCAAAUGGGAACAUUGCAAACGUUGUUGAGAGGAAAAUACUUUGUGGAAGAGGAUGGAGAAGAAUAUUUUGCAAAAUCUGUUCAAGAGGAAACGAACAAGAAUACAACUGUUGUGGAGUCAUCGUCUCAACAACAAAAGAAUUCUGAAGUCGUUGAGAGAGAAGAGCAAGUGAAACUUGAAGCAGAGAAUGAAUUAGAUCAGAAACAACAAAAUACUUCAAAAUCCAAGAAAAAGAAAGAGAAGAGAAGGAAAAAGAAACAACAAGAGGAGGAUUUAGAUCUUGAUGACGAUGAUGACAAUGGUGACGAUGGAACAUUUGAUGGAUUUGAAAUACAACGAGAAGAAGAUAAAGAACCAUUAUAUGAACUGAAUGAAUGGAAGGAAGACAAGAAACAAAAGAAAAAGAAUGCUAAAAAAGGCAACAAGCAUUCAAAGAAACAAAUCGAAGAAGAGGAGCCAGCGACAGAGGAUCAAUUGCUUAACGAAGACAACUUUAAAGAAGAGCUCGGUAUACCCGUUCGAACUGUUCACAUUGAUUUUAACAGUAUCAAGAAAACAUGCUCUCAAACUGAAAAGAUUGAUUGUGCUGAAUACGACUCGGUCGUGCAAAUUACUUCUUCAGGAGCCAAAAAACCCUCAAAACAUCAUCACAAUAAGGAUUUGGAAGAGUCAAGUUCUUUACAUCACACUAUUAUUCAGGUUGUUGAAGGUGAUGUAUUGUCAACAGCUAUUUUGUUGAAAAGAGCCAAAUUGAAUCCUAUAAUUUUAAUCAGUGGAAGUCAAACAUCACCUGCAGGUUCUUACUCAAAAGGUGGAAAUACACAAGAGGAAGAUGUUUGCAGAAGAUCAGCGCUGGCUCUUGCAUUGGCUGAUCCCUAUCGAUUUGAUGAGAACAGAAACUGGACCUAUCCCUUACCAGAGUUUGGAGGAGUUUAUGUUCCUCAUUGCUUAGUGAUUCGUCAACCAAAGAGCGAAGGAUAUGCCUUUUGUAAGCAUCCUACCACGAUUGGUAUGAUGGUCAUGUAUCCCUACAUCAACCCUCCCACAGAGAAGAGAAAAGUUGCUGACCCUACUACAGUGGUCACAGAAAGUGAUGAGUCAGAUGAAGAUAUGCAAUAUGAAUUGUUUGUUACAAGCAAAUUGGCUAACUCAAUCAAAAAGAAAAUUGCAGCCUACUUUGAAGUUGCUUUACGAAAAGGACAUGACGCACUGGUUUUGGGAUCCUUUGGGUGUGACAAUACUCAUUCCAAUCCUGCCUAUCACAUUGCUUCAUUAUUUAAGGAAGUUUUGUCAAGUGACAUUUUCAAAGACAAAUUCAAGGCUGUCAUUUUCUCCAUUGCCCAAGACAAUGAGUCUGACAGCAAGUUAAAGAACGACUCAGACGAGACCCUAGAUGAAGAAUCAGAGGAGAGCAGUGACAGACAAGCAGUUGAUGAAGAGGAAUUGACAGAAGAUCUCGAAGUUUCUAGCUCUGUUGAACCAAGCACAAACACUCCAAAGAAGAAUAAUUUAUCAAUAUUCUCCAAAGUCUUCCAUGGAAAAGAAGAUGCUCCCACUGCUGAACAUUUUAUUUCCACAAUGCCCUCUGCUGUCACUCUUUGA